UCAUAGGAAUUAUGUGAAAUAAUGUUAUGCAUUUGUUCAUAUUAAAACGACAUGGGUUAGUAACUAGUAAGUAGUAGGUGAAAAUUGAGUUACCGAAAAAAAAACACUCUCGAAUCUGAAAGAAUAUUUAAUUACGGCUAACCAUGAACGGAAUAAAAAUUGACAGCUCUCACGCGCAGGUUGAAGAUGUCCAAGUUCGAUUAGGGGAUCUUCCCCAUCAUAGGGCCAUGUCUGUAUCAAGCGUGGCAUCUUCAUCUGUAGCUCCAACAAGUAUUUUGGGUGAUCUCAGUGAUCGUAGCACAAACGAUAGUGAGGAUGAGCAAGAAUAUUCACCAAAAAAGAUUGCACAAGUUGAUAGAUAUGGAUUUACUGGUGGAACACAAUACACAGAUCCAAAUUCAGAUCUGAUGUCUGUUGAUAAGAUUCGAGCUCGAGAACAGAAGUGGCUUUCUAUGUUGAAUAAUUGGGAAAGAUGGAUGUCAAGAAGAUUUCCACAAGUAAAAAAUCGUUGUCGGAAAGGAGUACCACCAUCUUUACGAGGUAGAGCAUGGCAGCUCCUGAGUGGAAGCAAAGCUUUAUAUGAACAAAAUCAGGGAAAAUAUGCUGAACUUCUCAAAGCUGAUGCCGACCCAAACUGUAUUGACGACAUCGAAAAAGAUCUUCACAGACAAUUUCCAUUCCAUGAGAUGUUUACUGAAAGGGGAGGGACAGGCCAACAAGAUUUACGCGACGUACUCCGAGCUUAUUCAGUAUAUAAUAAAGAGGACGGUUAUUGUCAAGCACAAGCUCCUAUAGCAGCUGUAUUGCUAAUGCACAUGCCAGCAGAGCAAGCAUUUUGGUGUGUUGUAGCAAUGUGUGAGCAUUAUCUGCAAGGAUAUUUCAGUCCUGGUUUGGAAGCAAUACAAGUUGACGGCUACGUCAUGCAAAGUCUACUUCGCAAGGUAUCACCGCCUGCGUAUAAACAUCUGGAAAAGAAUCAAGUAACCCCUGUGUUAUACAUGACUGAAUGGUUUAUGUGUGUCUUCAGCAGAACUUUACCCUGGACUUCAGUGUUAAGACUUUGGGAUAUGUUUUUCUGUGAAGGUAUCAAAGUUGUAUUCCGUUGUGCUCUGGUAUUGCUGCGAAGUACGCUUGGAAUGUCAGAAAAACUCAAAUCUCUGCCUGGAUUAUAUGAAACGAUGGAAGCAUUAAGAAAAAUUGAUCCAGUGUGUAUGAAAGAAGAUAGAUUAAUGUUUGAGAUUAUCAACCUCAAAAUCAGUGAACGAGAUCUCGAACAUGAACAUAAACUCCAGAAAAUUAAAUGGAAAAAGGAUAAAAGUUCUGCUCCACCUAUAUCGAAUACCGGUAAAGAAGGGAAGAGGGUUUACAGGUACACACCUACGUAUGGAACGGACUCAAAAUACAAACACAAAACCAAAUCAAAAAAGAACAUCAACGCUAUAAGUGUCAAUUCUCUGGCUAUUAUUGAACAAACACACAAAAAGAAAGAUAUAAAUAGAAAAAAGCAAAUGAAAACAGAUAAAAAUGAAGGAAAAGCCAAAAUACAACCAGACAAAAAUGAAGACGAAAAAAAAGAACGGAAGGCAUUAACACCAAACAUGAACAAGCGACAAGCGAACUUAAAACCGGGCGAGGUUCAGACUCGAAGGAGAUCGCCAUCUGGUGAACCAGUUAUAACAAUGUUCACCAAAUCCCCACCAAAUAAUGAGAGUAAUGAUAAUGUGACAUCGGUUAAUAAAAACGUUUUGCAACCUACAGGUGACGAAAAUAAAAAAGAUGAAGUUACUGUGUUUUAAAGGUUCCCUUCUACCUUCUAUAUAUAGAAAUUGAUUAUGGUAAUAGAGCUCUUUUAAUAGAGUAGUAUACAAAAAUGUGUUUAAAUCCAUUAUUCAUCUAUACAUUCAAUUUUGAGCGCUUGAUGUAAUAUUGGAUUUAGUAGAAUGGAAUUGAUUUUAAAAUUGGUGCUGGGAAAAAUUACACAUUUGAAUUUAAUAAUUUCUUAUUAUAUUAUAUUUAAUAUUAGCUUCCUAUGUAUAAUUGGCUGCUUCUGUAAAGCCUUUUUCGGAGUGAAAACUCCUUCAUGUGGUUUCAAAAUUAGGCACUCCUGUAGUAUGUGUACUAGGUUGGGGUUAGACCAUAAUUUUAUUCCUAUUUUGGUUCUAUUACGAGUUCGGGUACUGUCUGUGUUAGCCAAGUGAAUAUACCCACUGCCCAUAGUUUUCAGUCCCCUACACAACUUGAUGUAAAGUAGGCGAACAAAAUUAGUUACCUCCAUAUUGGUACACACACUUCUGGGGCACUAAAAUUGUUAAAUGAAAGAUUCAUAUACUGGUGUUAUUCACAAUUGGUUAAAAACAAUUAUCACUCAUCUGACUUAUUUCAUAACUUUGUUAGUUAUUCAUCUAUCGUUUCUGUAUCUAUUGGUCUAUCUACAACUGUAUUUAAUAAUAUGUUAUUUUAUCUAUAUCACAUGUAUGGACCGACCUCAAAACAUUUUCCGAACCACUAUUUCAUGUUAGACACUUUUUAAUUAUAAUAUCAAUCAAUUAUCCUGUGUCUAAACAAUUUCAUAUCUUGGGAUUAAAUACCCUAAAUCUUAUAUAGACCUAUUUUCAAUCCCAGUUAUUUUAAUGAUUAACAGUUUUGCACAUGAUUUAUCACUAAAAUCUAGUAAAAAUGCGCUAUAUGAAAGUAAAAAACUGUGUACCUUGUUUUGAUUUUACUUGUCUUUACUAAUUAUUUUCUCUUAUUUGUUUGUCAUUUUGUGAUUUGAUUGGACCAAAAAGUUUCACUUUUCACAAAUAAUUUUUGGUUUUGUUAUUCUUGACCCAGUGUUAUAAAAUAUUAUAAUAUAAGUCACAAAUAACCUGACGUCGAAAAAUUUAAUGCUGUGGUAAAAGCAUUCACUGGUUGACAAAGAUCCAAUUUCAAAUGAAAUUUCGGAUUAAUUUAAUACGUUAUCGAAUACCAUAAAUGUUUUCCCCUGGAACUCUCUAUCUCAGCUAUUUUCUCGAUCUUGUUGGCUUGAACUGUUCCAAAUGUCGUGUCAAUUAGCGUUUACUGGCUCUCACUGCAAUUCCAUCAAUCCAAAGUAGUUUUGAUAGUUGUUGGCAUUGUAUUAGUCGCCGGUAACUUUGCUCAGAGAUGAGUUGCCUUUUCAUCUAAGUUAAUGACCCUUGUUUGUGCUUCUCCUAUAUA